AUCAGCCACUGCAGCCAGAGCCAAACCCCCGUCGAUGGAGGAGCGGUUCUGAUCUCAUCUGGGCUACUUACAAACAUGCUGCUCGAUAAAACCCGCUUUUCCCUCAAAAUCACCCGAACGAACGACUUGAUUGAUAUGUGAACCAAUUCAGGCCGCUGUGAGAUCCAGUAGAAGUCGUGGUCAUGUACUCUGAGUGGAGGUCUUUACACCUGGUGGUCCAGCACGAUCAGGGUCACCUGAGCGUCUUACACUCUUACCCUGCCGGCGUCGGGCGAGAUGUGGCAAACGCUGUGGUGCGGCCGCUGGGAAACAGUUUCGGAGGAGCGCCGAACGAGUGCCUCCUCAAGACUGACAAGGAGGUGAAGUGGACCAUGGAGGUGCUGUGUUUCGGCCUGACGCUCCCGCUGGAUGGAGACACAGUGAAGUUGUGUGUAGACGUCUACACUGACUGGAUGAUGGCCCUGGUGUCUCCACGAGACUCUAUACCCCAACCCAUCAUCAAAGAGCCCAACCUCUACGUCCAAACCAUCCUCAAACACUUGCACAACCUUUUCCUCCCCAGACCAGAGCACUUCAGCCUGGUGCACUUUAAAUUGUGUCAGCAAGUGCUGUCUGCGGUGCAGAAGCUGGCUCGUGACUCGUCUGGAAUGGCCAGAGAAACAUGGGAAGUGCUGCUCCUCUUCCUGCUGCGCAUCAAUGACACGCUGCUGGCUCCGCCCACUGUGGGAGGUGGAAUAGCAGAGAAGCUGGCUGAGAAGCUGAUCAGCGUGCUGUUUGAGGUUUGGUUCCUGGCUUGCACACGCUGCUUCCCGACGCCGCCCUACUGGAAGACGGCCCGAGAGAUGCUGGCCAACUGGAGACAUCACCCUCCGGUGGUGGAGCAGUGGAGUAAAGUCAUCGCUGCGCUCACGUCCAGGCUUCUGCGGUUCAUGUACGGCCCGUCCUUCCCUCCGUUUAAAGUUCCAGAGGAAGACGCCAGCCUCAUCCCCGCUGAGAUGGACAACGACUGUGUGUCUCAGACGUGGUAUCGAUUUCUACACAUGCUCAGUAACCCCGUGGACCUGAGCAAUCCCGUCAUAGUGAGUUCCACCCCAAAGUUUCAGGAGCAGCUGCUUGGAGGAAACGGCGUUCCUCACGAGGUCAUUCAGCACCCCUGUCUCAAACAGCUGCCUCAGAUCUUCUUCAGAGCGAUGAGGGGCAUCAGCUGCCUCGUGGACGCUUUCCUCGGUGUUGCUGUUUGUAACAAACUCGAGUGUCGUGAAACUCUGCCCUUUUCUGGAGUCACAGUGUCUAGGAGCAAUAUUCAAGACAGGCUUCCCUCUAUAGGUGUUGCUGUAUCUCGGAACAAUUUUCGAGACAGACUCCCAUCUUAUGGUAUUUCCCGCCCCCGGUCAGACAGUGCUCCGCCCACACCUGUCAAUCGGCUCAGUAUGCCCACGCCCCCAACGACAACCAACACUACACCCCCUCACAAUCGCAGGCACCGCCCAACCGCUGUUGUCAAAACAACCAGCAAAGCCUCAACGACUAGUCAGACCAAAGUGUCGCACCAGCCGUCAUCCACUUCCCCGCUCUCCAGCCCAAACCAGGCGAGCUCUGAGCCACGGCCGCUUCCAGCUCCGACCCGGCCGAAGGUCAACAGCGUGCUCAAUCUGUUCGGCCAAUGGCUGUUUGACGCUGCGCUGGUCCACUGUAAACUCCACUCCGGCCUGAGCAGAGACAGCAGCAUGACUGCAACAUUUUUCCAAAUUCUUCUUUCUUAUAAAUCUUCCCUGGCGACUCAAGCUGGAGUUGAACUGAGACGUAAAGGCUCUCAGAUGUCCACGGACACCAUGGUGUCCAACCCCAUGUUCGACGCCAAUGAGUUUCCUGAUAACUACGAGUCGGGUCGAGCCGAAGCGUGUGGGACACUGUGCAGGAUCUUCUGCAGUAAGAAGACUGGAGAGGACAUACUUCCAGUGUACCUGUCCAGGUUCUACAUGGUCCUCAUCCAGGGUCUUCAGAUAUCAGACUUCGUCUGCAGGCCGGUUUUAGCCAGCAUCAUCCUCAACUCUUCAGCUCUGUUCUGCUCCGAUCUCAAAGGGAUCAAUGUUGUGGUUCCUUACUUCAUAUCUGCGCUGGAGACAAUCCUACCGGAUCGAGAGUUGUCUAAGUUUAAGUCGUAUGUGAACCCCACCGAGCUGAGAAGAGCUUCCAUCCAUAUCCUGCUGUCCAUGAUUCCUCUUCCUCACCACUUUGGCAACGUCAAAUCAGAGGUUUUGCUGGAGGGGAAAUUCAGCAAUGAUGACAGCUCUCUUCAUGACAAGGCGGUCACCUUCCUCUCCCUGAAGCUGCGAUUGGUCAAUAUUUUGAUUGGCGCCCUGCAAACAGAGACAGACUCGAUCAAUACACAGAUGAUUCUAGCGGCAAUGCUGAAUAUCGUCCAGGAUUCGGCUCUGUUGGAGUCUGUUGGUGCUCAAGCUGAAGUGGGCAGUGUGGAUGGAAGCCAUUCUCUGGAUAAGAGCCACAGUCGUAAUAACAGCGGCAUCAGCAACGCUAGCGCAGGCAGCUCUGAGGCUACGACUCCAGACAGCGAACGCCCCGCACAGGCCCUGAUGAGGGACUACGCUCUCCACACAGACACAGGGGCCGGGCUGCUGAUCCGCAGCAUCCACCUGCUCACCCAGAGACUCAACUCUCAGUGGAGACUCGACAUGAGCAUCUCGCUGGCCGCCCUCGAGCUGCUGGCCGGCCUCGCCAAGGUGAAGGUGAGCGUGGAGUCGUCGGAUCGUAAGCGUGCCGUCAGCUCCGUCUGCAGUUAUAUCGUGUAUCAGUGCAGUCGUCCGGCUCCGCUUCACUCCAGAGAUCUGCACUCCAUGAUCGUCGCUGCGUUCCACUGCCUGUGCGUCUGGCUCACAGAGCACCCCGACAUGCUCAAUGAGAAGGAUUGUCUGAUCGAGGUCCUGGAAAUCGUCGAGCUCGGCAUCUCGGGCAGUAAGUCCAAAACCAGCGAACAGGAAGUGAAGUACAAAGGUGAUAAAGAGCACAACCCGGCGUCGAUGAGGGUCAAAGAUGCUGCCGAGGCCACAUUAUCCUGUAUAAUGCAGGUGUUGGGAGCGUUCCCGUCUCCCAGCGGCUCUGCGUCGCCCUGCAGUCUCCUGAACGAGGACACGCUGAUCAAAUACUCCCGACUCACUUCCACGUCUCACAGCAACUUCAGAUACUUUGUCCUGGACAACUCCGUGAUCCUGGCCAUGCUGGAGCAGCCGCUGGGAAACGAGCAGAACCCCUGUCCGUCAGUCACCAUGUUAAUCAGAGGCAUGUCUGGACGACACGCGUGGACAAUGCAGCUCUUCCAUCAGCCUCGAGGAGCAAGAGCCAAUCAGAAGCAAGUGUUUGUUCCUGAAAGCCGACCUGCUCCCAAAAACGAUGUCGGGAUUCGGUUUAACGUCAAGCACAGGCCGUUCCCGGAGGAAGUGGAUAAGAUUCCGUUCGUGAAAGCCGACCUGAGCAUCCCGGAUCUCCAUGACAUUGUGAAUAAAGAGCUGGAGCAGCAGCACGAGAAGCUGCGAGGCGUGAUGGGAAAGCAGAUCGAUUACGAGACCAAACUGGAGCACUGCACGGAGGACUUCUGGAGGAACAAACCCUUCCCAGAUCCACUGACAGACUGUAAACCUCCGGCUCCCGCUCAAGAGUUCCAGACGGCCCGCCUCUUCCUGUCGCACUUCGGCUUCCUGUCACUAGAGGCGCUCAAGGAGCCUGGAAACAGUCGAUUGCCUCCUCACCUCAUCGCUCUGGACUCGUCUGUGCCGGGCUUUUUCGACGAUAUCAGCUACCUGGACCUGUUACCGUCCCGGCCGUGUGACACCGUGUUUAUCUUCUACAUGAAAGCUGGACAGAAGAGCAGCCAAGAGAUCUUGAGGAACGUGGAGUCGUCUGCAAACGUACAGCCUCACUUCCUGGAGCUUCUGCUGUCUCUGGGAUGGCCGGUGGAGGUCGGACAGCAUCCGGGAUGGACAGGGAGUGUGUUCACCAGCUGGACCAUCAACACAUCCAGCGGUGCUAGGACUCCAGAUGAUUCAGUGACUCUGGGAGACACAGGCGGCGGUGUGUUUAACGGAGAGAAGCAGGUGCUCUAUUAUGCAGACGCUCUGACAGAAAUCGCCUUUGUGGUGCCGUCCCUCAGCGACUCGUCCGCCGAGUCCUCGGAGCACAGCUUCCCGACCGCAGACUCAGAAUCUCAGAUGGAGAUGUUACCCAGUUCACUGAAGCAGCCCAACCUCACGCUGGAGCUCUUCCCUAAUCACUCCGACAACAUGGGACCCUCACUACGGUCCCCGACAGUGAAAAGCAGGAAGUUGCCGGCUGGAAGGACGAUCCCGCUGUUAGGACCGGACGCUAAAGUAUUGGUUGUGUGGGUUGAGCGAUACGAUGACAUAGAGAACUUUCCCGUGUCGGAGUUCCUGGCGGAGACGAGCACCGGUGUGGAGAUGACCGUCAACAGCAGCACGUCCAGGUCCAGCUCCUCAGAGAAGGACGUCCCCAUUAUAUUCAUCCAUCCGCUGAAGACCGGCCUGUUCCGGAUCAAACUGCACGGCGCUCUGGGCAAAUUCAGCAUGGUCAUUCCUCUAGUGGACAACAUGGUGGUCAGCAGGAGAUCACUGGGGUUCCUGGUGCGUCAGACUGUAAUAAACGCGUGUCGGAGGAAGCGUCUCGAGAGCGACUCUUACAGCCCUCCACACGUGCGCCGGAAACAGAAAAUCGCAGAAAUCGUGAACCGUUACCGUAACAAACAGCUGGAGCCCGAGUUCUACACCUCGCUGUUUCUGGAGGUCGGUGAGACGAGCCUCAACCCGUGAACAAACACAGAGCAGCGCAGACCAGCGUGGAUCUCAGCUCGCUGGAGUUUGUGCUGCUCCUGACAGGAGGAAUACUGGAAUAUCAAUCUCAUAAAAACCACUCAUGGUUAUAUUUCA